AUGGCCGGCAUGAAGCUUGUCACCUUGGCCCUCGCAGCCGCCUCUGCACAUGCAGCCGCCGUGCAGGCCAGCCCCAUCGGGAAGGUCAUCGAGAUGCUCGGCGACCUCGAGGCGAAGGUCAUCGGCGAGGGUGAGGAGUCGCACAAGGUCUUCGCGGAGUUCUCUGAGUGGUGCGAGGACAAGGCAAGGUCGUUGGGCUUCUCGAUCAAGACCGCCUCUGGGGAGAUCGCCAGCCUGAAGGCCACCAUCGCCAAGGAGGGCUCCAACAUCGAUGGUUUCAACACGAAGAUCGAGGAGUUGGCCGCCGAGCUCGCGCUUGACACCGCCGACCUGAAGGCCGCCACGGAGAUCCGCGCCAAGGAGCAGAGCGACUUCGCCGCGGAGGAGGCCGAGCUCUCCGACGUGGUGGGGACCCUCGAGCGGGCGAUCGGCAUCCUGGAGAAGGAGAUGGCCAAGGGCGCCGGGGCCUCCAUGCUCCAGAUGGCAGGCGAGGGGGGCGUCGUGGGGGCCCUGCGGGCGAUGGUCCAGGCCUCCCUGCUCAGCACCGCGGACGAGAAGAAGCUCGCCGCGCUGGUGCAAGGCGAUUUCUCCCGCCAUCGUCGACGCGAUGCCCGAGUGGUUCAGCCCGCUCAGUUUGGAGGCCCUCGCGGACGCGGCGAAGGGCGCCAGCUCCUUCACUCUAUGUUUGGUGUGCGACAGUGCGUAUUAGAACGUAUUGGUUUUGAAGAGCGUUGCGAAGUUAUGGGAAGUCGCUGUUCCACCGCUAGUAAUGCCCAGCAUGUUGUUGAUGUUGGAGACUUGCACCGGCCACGGCCGCCGCAGGGCCAAACUUCAGAUCAACACGUUGCGGCACCGCGUUCUUCGUCAUUUCUUGUUGGCCACUUUGUACAGGUUACAAUCAGUGCAGGAAAAAAACAGCCAGUAAAUAUUAAGCGAUGUUUUGCCGAUGGUGCACCGAAAGAUUGCCCCCCCUUCCUGGUAAUGUGCGGCACCCUUUUGAAACGAUUCGUCGUGUAG